UCGGCUUCUUUGCUUCAAAGCAGAGCGUGGUGACAGCGGCAGCGGCAACGCAGUUCCUCCGGAUCAGAACCGGGAGAUCGGGGUUCGUUCGGCCGAAGCUCUCGACCAGGGAACGAGGCGACAUCAGAAGAGGGGGAGGGAAAUCAUUCGGAUCGUGCGGCUUCCAGUCAUGAGAGGUAGUGGCAAUACCAAUUGGAUAAUGGUGAUGGCUUCGGCACUGACCAUGUUUUGGGUCAAUGCAAAGAAUACAGAUCACUGCUUAUCUGGAGGGAAGCACAAAGCCAAUCCAAGCGCAGAAGAAGAGUUGGGUAUCUGCCAGAUGUAUGCAGAAAAUGCCUGUUGCUCACCAGAAGUUGCCCAAGAACUUUCCAGAGCCAGUGCUGGAUCUUGGAAUCAUUGUGGAAGCCUCAGCAUCAGGUGUGAGGAGUACCUUCAGCAACUGGAUUGUUUUUACCACUGCUCCCCCAUUGCUGCUCAAUGGCCUCAUCAUCAACAACCCACAGCCCUGAUGGCUGUACCUCUCUGCCAGAAUUUCUGUGACCAGUGGUAUGAUGCUUGCAGAGAAGAUGUGACCUGCCCUGGCAACUGGCCCUGGGGAGCUGAUGGACAUAACUGCAGUCAGGAAUGUCAUUCCUUUGGCCAGAUGUAUAAGGAUGGCAAGGAGCUGUGUGAGAACAUCUGGGAUGAUGCUUUCAUAGUAAGCGCUGACCCUUGCCAAUGCCUGAUGCUGGAUGCCUCUGACGCAGCCUUCUCCACCUCUUAUUCUCACCUCAAAGAGAGCAACAGCGUAAAAGAGGUAGACGUCAACAAGGCAGGCAAGGAAAGGAAAGACCGUGUGAGCCCUUGCAGGGGUAACCUUCUACUUCAGCGUCUGAGAAGGAAUUUGCAGAAGCGUUUUAUUUUUAUAGAAGACAUGGAGGGCAGUGGAAGUGGAUUCUAAUCCAAGGUAACUAUUCUUCCAGGAGGAAAAAAAAGCCCCCUCUCCAGUGAUUGCCUGGGGAUUGGGGGGAUCGCUUGUGAUCUAUGCAAUUCUGUCACAUCCCAUACUACCAGCUUCCUGCCAUCUUCUACAACUCUGUGCAUCUUGUGGCGUAGACUGUGAAUCGGCACUUUCUAGGACUCUGAGCGCUAUGCCCUAGCAGUAGACGUUGGAACAUUAGGGCACCUCUUGGGAACUUGCCUAGAACCAAGAUUUCCCCAAUUAUUCAGAGUAGAAAAGGUAUUAGAGAACAGUAAGCAUAUUCCAUAUUCUCCAUAUUCUUUGUGUCCUAAGAGCUGGCUCAAGAAAGUCGUCGUAGAAUGCAAAAGGCCAUUCAUGAGCAUUAGCUGAAGGGAAAGCAGCCUUCACAGGCAUUAGCUGAAGGAAAAUAUCUGCAAGGGAGAGAACGAACAAGGAGAGGUGGGGGUGUGGAGUGAAAUAAUCAAUGCUGGAAAAGUUAGCCUCAGUUGUUGCCAUGGCUUCAAAUACAAUUGCAAGUAGGACUCAAGUAAAAUGGAAGGAUCUUCCUGAGCUCAAAAAGAAAAGGGGAGAUAGGAAAAGUUAGCUUAGAGUCCAGCAUGGCUGACUUUCCUGUUGCAUUUGUAAACUUGAAAGCAAUGGUUACUGGGGGAGCAGCAUUGCUAGGUUACUAAACUGGAUUACAUCCAAAACUGAAUUUAUUUUUCAAAGCAACCCAGUCCGAGUGGAGAGGGAGGGAGGGGCAGAGAGGGAGAGAUUGUGCAAUAAAGCAUGAUUACAUAAUAAACAACCCAUAAGUCAAGGAAAACCCUUGGGUAAUAUACAUAGCAUCUAAACAGAAGUGAUCAGUGUAGAUAUAUGCCAGUCAGAAAACAUCUAAUCCAUGGUGGCAGUGAGAGUCCAAGAGUUGUCAUGCUCACAUCUUUACAUAGUGCUCCUUGAGCUUUUCCCACCAACUAUCCUCUCCACUCUAAACACUAUUCAAAUCUCUCUUGUAAUAUUGUACACUCAUCUUCGUCUUCCCAUCCAUCAUUUAUCAGCUAUAUUUCACAUUCCUGUUUACCUUGGCUACCCUUACUACAAAUUUCAUAUUGUGGAUUGAUUUAAACCUAUUAAUAUUAUGGGAAAUAAAAAAUGGAGUGCGUGUUUGUGUUUUAUUAUGAAAUGUGUAAAAAAAAUCAGUGUAG